UUUUCCCCAUAAGAUGGAAAGAAACAGCCUAUUGUACAAUAACAAUGGCAUAAGAGAUGCUUUUCUUUCUGGAAUUGCCUUUGGGAUCUCAGCCAAUACCAUCCUUCUGCUCACCCAUGUGGUCGCAUUCUUUCGGGAGCUCAGGCACAAAGCCCAUCAACUUGAUCAUCGCUCUCUGGCCCUAAGCCACAUAGUGACGAUGCUCGCCAUGGCCUUCCUAACGACAGACAUUUUUGGGUGCCAGAGUUUUGGGGAUGACGUCACAUGUAAAUCAGUUAUCUCCUUGUACAGGCUGAUGAGGAGCAUCUCCAUCUGUGCUACGUGUCACCUUACCAUCCUUCAGGUCACCAUCCUCAGCCCCAGAAGUUCCUGCUUGGCAAAGUUCAAACUUAACUCCUUACAUCACAAUUUGUGUUGCUUUCUUUCCCUGUGGGCCUUCUAUAUGCCCAUUAGUGGUUUUCUGAACUCCAUUGUUGACAUGACCUCACACAUUCUUAUAGUGGUCACUAAAUCCUGUUCUCUCUGGUCUUUUAGCGACAUCAUGAGACACUUACUUGCUGUGCGGGCUGUCUUCCGGGAUGCCGCUUUUGUGGGACUCAUGGUGCUCUGCAGUGUGUACAUGGCGACUGUCUUGUGCAGGCAUAAGAGGCAGACCCAUUACCUUCACAGCACUCCCACAGCAUCCCCAGAGCGGAGGGCUGUCAGGACCAUUCUGUUGCUAUGGAGUUUCUUUUUGGUCAUGUGCUGUUGGGACAGCAUCGCCUCCUCCUUGAGAGUUAUGUGGAAUAAUGACCCAACUCAUCGUUGUGUGCAGAUGCUUGUGUCCAGUGGUUAUGCCACAUUCAGCCCUUCAGUGUUUAUCAGUGCUGAACAGCGUAAAAUUAACUUUUUGAAAACCAUGCAGGGCCUACAGUAA